AUGGAUAUUGUUAACUUGCCCACUAUUCCCUUGCCCCAAUUUACUGGUAACAUUCAUGUCCCAGCUGCUAGAGAGGGUGUGGCGGACGAUGCAAAGGUCUCUGAUGCGGCCCUGCUCGAGAGUCGCGUUCUCCACUACGCCGAGGACGACAAAGUACCACGGUCCGAUCUAGCAAAGGCCGCUAGAUACAAAGCUGCUAUUGUGGCCCAAUCCCUUGUAGUUACAGGAGGUGCUAUGGCUGCUGCCCCCGCGUGGUUUCAGCAGUACAACGCCAACUUCGAACAGUUUCGUACUGAGCUUAACCAGAAGGUUGACCAACAUCACCAGGAGUUUGUACAGCUUCGCCAGGAUUUCACACAGCUUCGCCAGGAAUUUGUACAGCAUCGACAAGAGUUUGUACAGCAUCGACAGGAGUUUGUACAGCAUCGACAGGAGUUUGUACAGCAUCGACAGGAGUUUUUACAGCAUCGCACAGAAUUUCAACAAUUUCGCACCCGUGCAACGAACGACAUGGCCAAGAUAAGUAAACGUCAGGCCCUCACCCAUCGCCAGGUCGCUCUCGCGAACAACCGGAAGGCGGGUGUGGAAGGAUUUGAAGAAGUACCAUUUCCAAAUGGUACAUACCCUUCUGAGACUCUAGUAAAUGAUGCUGUGCUUACACCUCUGACCUCCGUUGACGUCGUCACGCACCUGGGUAGGGGUCAGUCCCGCAAAUAUUUCGCAUGCUACUUUCCUGGGGUUGCUAUUCCCGGGGAACUCGAUGAUUGUUACGAACCUAUCUUGAGGGCUAUUGGCUGCCGUGUUUUCGAAGACAGGACUCCUCCAGUCGAAGACUAGAGCACCGUUAGACCAUCAUAUUGCACGAUGUUCACCUUCUAUAUAUUUCUGUAUCAUCGUCCAUGUACUACGCUUCACUUAUCCUAAGGGGCGUGAGUCCACUUGGCUAAUAGUAUCAAUAGUUUACACGAGACU